AUGGCAGCAGCUCAUGAUCAGGCCUCUUCUUCUUCUUCUUCAACCUCGUCUGGUUUAAAGAGUUAUGAAGUAUUCUUGAGCUUUCACGGCGAAGACGUUCGCACCAAUUUCGCCGACCACCUCUACUGUGCCUUGGAUAGGACUGGAAUUCGAACAUACAGAGAUGAGGAUAAACUCCCCAAGGGAGAAACGAUUGGCCCGGAGCUUAUCUCUGCAAUCCAAGAUUCAAUAAUCUCCAUUCCCAUUUUAUCCGACAACUAUGCGUCAAGCAAAUGGUGUCUCAAUGAGCUAACCCAGAUAUCUAAUUGCAGAAAAACACAGAAACAGAUUGUGUUUCCCAUUUUCUACAAAGUUGAGCCAACUGAAGUGCGAAACCAGAGAAGAAAAUAUGAGGAAGCCUUUUUGGAGUACGAGUACCAGAGGAGCGUCGACGAAUCCCAGAAGGACUUAGUCGAAAAGUACGUGGAAGGCUUAGAGGGACUUCAGAUGAAUAAGUUGAAUACAGAAAUUAUACAAAAGUGGAAAGAGGCCCUGAGAGAGGUUGGAGUAUUGAAUGGAUGGCAUCUCAAAGAGGGCAUGUAUGAAGGGAAGUUAGUAAAAGAAGUUGUUAAAACAGUUUGGACUACAUUGAACAAGAGACUCUUGCCUGUUUCUAAUAAGCUAGUUGGAAUCCAAAAUGCUAUAGAAGAAAUGUUGAUGCGAUUAGAUAUUGAAUCUGGUGACAGAAAGAUUGUGGGUAUCCAUGGCCUCGGUGGCAUUGGAAAGACAACAAUCGCUAAGGUUGUCUGCGAUACAGUCUUUAGCCAUUUUGAAGGAUAUAAAUUUAUUGAAAAUGUUCGAGAGAAUGCUUCAAAAUUUGGGAUUCCCUAUCUGCAAAACCAACUUAUCAACGAUCUCCUGAAAGAAGAAAAUCAAAAUAUUACUGAUGUGGGUGCUGGAAUUAAAGUGAUCCAACAAAGAUACUGCAACAAAAAAGUUCUUAUUGUUCUUGAUGAUGUGGAUCAAGAUGAUCAAGUAAAGUCUCUGGCUGGGGACCGUGAAUGGUUUGGUAACGGAAGUAAGAUCAUUAUCACAACCCGAAAUAAGAAUAUUUUAAUUGCUCAAAAACCAGAUAGUAUUUAUGAGCCCAAAGUAAUGGAAUUCGAUGAUUCUCUUAAACUUUUUAGUCAGUAUGCGUUUGGAAGGGACCAACCUCUAGAAGGUUAUUUUGAUCUCUCAAAAGCUAUGGUAGAAAGUACUGGAGGACUUCCCUUGGCUCUUCGAGUUAUUGGUUCAUCUUUAUUUGAUGAAAAGAAAAAAGCAGUAUGGAAAGACAAGUUAAAGCAGAUGCAAAAAUUUCCCAAUGAUCAUGUCAUGAAAAGUUUGAAAAUAAGUUACGAUGGAUUAGAAUAUGUAGAGAAACAAAUGUUUCUGGAUACGGCUCUUUUUUUCAUCGGAAUGAAUAAAGAUAUUGCAUGUUAUAUAUGGGAAGGGUGUGAUUUUUUCCCUCAAGCCGGACUUGAAGUUCUUUGUAAAAAGUCUUUGGUAACAAUUAAUGAAGAUGAUAACUUAAGGAUGCAUGAUAUGCUUCGGGAUCUUGGAAGGUUUAUUGUUUGUCAAGAGAGCAUACAAAAGCCAGGGCAGCGUAGUCGAAUAUGGUCUCAAAAGGAAGUCUUUGAAGUACUGGUUAAACAAACGGUAGGUAUUGAAUACACAUUUGUUAUUUGUUGUGAGGAGUUUGUGAAUUAG